AUGACCGUCAAUACCCCUCCUCUUUCAAAGACCUCGACCAUUGUCAUUCUGGGCGCAACAGAAUAUGAUGAGCCGCUGUAUACGGAACUAGCACUCGAGGCACUCAAUGCUUGGCGAGGUCCAGAAUGGGGAGGAAUCUUUCAUGAAACGGGACGCAUCGUGACAACUCUAGGGGACCCACUAGCAGAGAAGCACCUCAAAGAGUCGUAUGAGAAUCUCAAGAAGGCCGGACAGGCUGGUAGCCUCGAGCUGGUGGCGGGCAAAGAGCAGAUUGCCAGGCACGCUCCGCAGCUCCGUGAUGCAGACGGCAUCGAGAACUGGAAGGGCCUUUGGAACAGCCAAGGCGGCUGGGCCCAUGCCAAAAACUCUCUAGAGAAAUGGGGCAAAGCAGCACAGGACAUGGGUGUUGAGUUCAUAUCAGGGUCCAAUGGCACUAUGAUUGGGCUGAGCCUCGACAAUUCGGGCAAGCUUGACGGGAUCAAGGUUGCGUCCGGCGAUGUUGUCUGUGGGGAUAGGUAUAUCCUCUGUACUGGAGCUGCAUCGCCCGAGGUUCUACCUGAAUUGUCACGGGAGAUGUGGACAAAGUGCUGGUCUUUGGCUCACAUUGAGCUGAACGAUGAGGAGGUUGCCCAGUGGAAGGGAAUUCCCGUCGUGGACAAUUUUGAGCUGGGCUUCACAUUCGAACCAGAUCCAGAAACCAAGUGGAUGAAGAUCUGUGACGGAUCCCCAGGUUAUCAGUACCGAAUCGGCACGUACACUGAUCCCUCGGGUAAGGUGGAACACUACUCAAUUCCUCGAUACGCGAGCGCACACCCCGACGACGGGAUCCCCGAUGAAGCAGCUACAGCAAUCAAUAAGUUUAUUGAUACAGUCAUGCCGCAGUUCUCCGGUCGACCGCUGCUAGGUGCGCGAGUCUGCUGGUGCACCGACUCUCCUGACUCUCACUGGCUCAUCGACAACCACCCGAAACAUCCAUCGCUACUUCUGGCGACUGGAGACUCCGGCCAUGCUUUCAAGAUGUUUCCAAUCAUAGGCGACUACAUUGCAGAUGCCUUGGAGGGCAAAGAAAGGGGGCUAAGGAAGGAAUGGAAGUAUGGCAACAGAAAGUCGAAGCCUGUCGCUACGAGGCCUGGUACGGAGGUGAAAGACCUCAGAGAUAUUAUGCACCUCGAGGCUGCAUAA